AUGGAAUUCUUGAACCAAAUCGACCGUUCUACAGUAGCACUAACCAUCCUCAGUUUCAUCUCGCUUCUGGUCAUCUAUCUCCAACACAAGAAGAUCUUGCUCUCGCCCUACUCAAAUCUGAAACUCAAAACAUCAACCGAGCCAUCGUCAUCAACCUCGUCUUCCAAUCCACCUUCAUCAACCGAAGACAAGUCCGCCCGAUGCAGAGAAUGUUCGAAGCUGAAGCUGAUCUCAGAACUGAAGAUUUGUAGCAAAUGUAAAAUACCUCCGACACAAAAUUCAAAUACCAAUGACCUCAACUUUUAUUAUUGUGAUCAGAAAUGUCAGAGGGCGAAUUGGAAGACACACAAAUUGAUCUGUGGCAAUUUCAAAGACCUUCAACCAACUUCGAGCGAUCCAUACGCAGCUCUCAAUCCACUCAAUUCUCCUCCAACUGAUCUCCUGUCUAAUGCUCAUUUCGAGAAAAAGAGAGCAGAAAUUGAAGGCUUAUUGAAAAAGUGGUGCGAGUUUCACAAGAAUGUAUUGAUUUUUGCGGCGAUACAUGGAUUGGAUCUCAUCCGGAACCCGCAUAAUUCGAAGCUAAUAUUAUUGAUGAUCAGCCUAACGCUAAAUGAAGAGAACCAGAGCGAAAAAUUUACGGAAAUUACAGAUGAUGAAGAUCAAGACAAGGCUAUCAAAAAUCAAGAUGGAUCCCAAAGUUCAAUUCACUCGAAAUUUACCGUGGCGCACGUCGGUUCGUUGGAUUCGGCGAACUUCUUCAACGCGAAUGUGGGGAUGUCUAAUGCGCUGAAAGAGAUCGAAAACGUACGAACAAGAGUCAAAGAGAAAGGCGGGCUUGGUGUGGCAACCUUACUGAUCCGAUGUGGGCCGAUUGUUCAGGUUUUUCCGGUUGGCUUGCCCUCUCAAAGCGAUCUUGAUGCGGUCCCCCGUCAAACAAACUGGAGAGCAAUUUUUGACGAGGCAAUCAAGUCGGGUAUACCUUGGAAACCGCGCAGUUAAAUGUAUUCUUCAUGCCAAUUGAUUCCCAACUUUCUGCAGCCUUUCCUGGUUUGUUUAUGGAGCUGAUUCUGCUAUACUUUCGUCACAUUCCUCUAUUAGACUCACACAUUGAUCGUUGGAGUA